UCUAGAUGGAUGGAUGGGCGGAGGUGACCGCCAAGUUAUUUACCCAAACAGGAUUUGGCCAGAGCUCCGAGGCCCUCGUAUAAAAGGCCUUUGGGAAUGCGGAGAGGAGCUCAAAGUGUAAAAGACUCUAGACGACGCAGUUUGCAGGUUUAUUGGAGAAAAUGCGCAAUUAUCUUUGGUUUACUUUGCUUGUGGCCGCCGUCUUGGCCACCUCCUGUGUCAAGGCCAAGCCAGUGGUCUCCUUCGGGGUCAGCUACCACCAGCCAGGCUACGUGGGAGCCGGGCCAGGACCCUACUACGACAACUACUACGGGAGCCCGUACCAUAGUGGCGCUAACUUCUACUACCAGAACGGCCCCAUCCCCUAUCGAUAUCCCUACACCCCUGGCAGUCGCUACGGAGCACUCGACAUUGGAAUUGGCGCCUUGUCACUAACCCCGUUCCUGCUCUGAAUCAAAUACAAUUUAAAAUCCCCGGCAAAUAGAAACGAAAAUUGUACUAAA